AUGUGGAUAGAAUCAGGCACGCUUAGUUAUAAUGUAAUUGAGCAAGAUGGGAAUGUAGCUUAUAUUUUUGGUCCACCAAAUAUGCGGGUCAAAUAUGAAAAUCUUAUUCAGCGUGUGAGAAAUCACACAACAGGAUUAACUGACACUGUCACUGGACGUAAUUCUUCAUGGCAUGAACAUUUCGCAGUCACUGCAACAGAAAACUACAUUGAGUUGGGUCACUCGUUUCCUGAACUUUUGCGUCUCGCGGAGUUGGCUAAAUUGACGGCUGUUGCUUUAGUAUUUCAACAUCGCUAUCGUGAACUGCGAAAGGUGGUUCUGCCGCCGUCCACUGAAACAGUAGCACAGAUUUUAAUCACUAGUAACUUAAGAGGUCAAGUUUUCAAUGGAAGAUGGCCAUUAGCGACAGUCGCGCGUGUUGAAGAACUUUUAGACAAGGCCCUUAUCGAACAAGGCAUUAAUCUCGCGUACAAACAUCGGGUUCGCAAUCUGGACGAAAGUCGAGCGCUGAUUCGCCAACAAUUGACUGAAGUGGAACAUAAGCAAAUCAAAGAAAUAGCCCAAGCUUUGCAGAAAGCGUUCAACAUCUCUGAGAACAAAAUCAGUAGAUCAGCCAUCAGUUCUUACUUGGGCGGCGUUGAUUCAAUUGCUGAAAACGCACUUCUUCAAGAGAUUGUCUCAGGCAUUGCUGAACGUAUCCGGACUUCUCAGCAUGGCGCAAUACGUUUGUAUGAAACAAUGUCUCAAUCAAGAUACAGCGUGGGCAAUGCAGCAAGUGUAUUACCAGAAUUUGCACAAAUCUCUUUGGGAAAAGGCCCUAUCAAUGAUUUUGACAACGCACAAGCAUCGUCGUGUUACUAUGUUCCAACGCAAAUUUCUCUUGCUUAUCAGGGCAACGGAACCUUUCUACAGAAAAGAGGUGGCAUCAAAUUGCAACCACGUUUACAAUAUCAGUUCGAUCCAAUUUCAGAAUUUCAGCAUUAUCGUCCUCUAAGACCUAUGGUCUUUCGAGAUCCUAUUCCUCCUUCUCCAACCGAAAACAUCUUAUUCAAUCGCGUCUCAGUGGGAAAAGGUGCUCAAAUUCAAUAUGGUGCUAAGUAUUUAGGCAAAACCCUAUUAUCCGAUUACAAUGGAUGGGAUAGAUUGCUUCAACAACAAAGAGCAUCUGCUGAUGAUAAGAAAAUAAUAAGCUCAUUAAGUUCAAACGAAGGAAAAUUAGAAGCUGUUCAGACGUACGAUAGUGAGGUAGUGUCAGCUGGUGCGAUGCAAAAGACAAUCAAAGACAAAGGUGUUGGAGAACUUCCCGAGCAAGUUUGGCGAUUCAAGCAGAGACAUCCACAAUUGUACGAAGAUACCUUCAAAGCACAAGGUUGGGAAGUUAAAAAAAAGUCAAAUGUGUAUUCAAUGACAUACAAUCAACAGACAGGUAACGAACUGAAGACCUCGCUCAGAAAAGAUUUUCAAGAAAAGAUCAAAUCAGCACCUUCAAAGCCAUUGGAAGCUCUAGUUAAUGCAAUCAGCGGUAAAGAGUACCAAGAAUUACAGGUCGUCGAUUUCGUUGAUCGUUUACAUAAACAGGUAUUACCGAAACAACCAGUUGGUUAUAAAUCUUACACGAUCGGCGAUUAUCUACAGUCAAAUUUUGGAAGAGCUGUAGCUCUCGAUCACCAUAUUAACCGACCUGGUUAUAUCGCAUUAGAUUUUGGAAAAGCAUUAACAAAUUUAUUUACUAAAUAUCCAGAUCUAUCGAAGAAUCCUGAUGAUUGGGGAGAAAAUCGUGAAAAAUACGAGACCGAACUUAUCGAAUACUAUGGAGUCAACCGAAGAAUGCAUGAUCCUGUCAACAGAUUUAAGAAGAUAAAAAAGUAUUAUUGA